GCCACUGGCUGGCGCAGAGAGCAGGCUUGUGGUGGGCUGUUUGUCUGCGUGAAGCUGGCAUGGCCUCCCGUUCCCCUGCAUCUGGUCCCCAUUAGCAGAGCCGAGAGUAUAAAGCGGAGAGCUGACAGGGGCUGGGAACACUCGAGUUCCUGCCUGGAUCAUGGGGUUUACUAUCUGGCUGUGCGUGCUGAGCCUGCAGGCGAGCCUGCUGUCACACGCCCUCGAAUGCUCAGGAUCAACACAAGGAGAGCCGUGUGUCAGCGGACAGACCGCAGACGGACAGUAUGAUGAUCAGAAGCAGCUAUCCUUAACUGAGGGACAGGUUUUGUUCAGACAUAAGAGACAGCUGGAGCGGAGGGGGCCCACCCACCUGAGCCACUCCAGCCAGCCCGGGGCCGUCUCUGUCAAAGGUUUCCCCAACACUCUUAUCCAGGCUGAUAGGUCCAGGCGACACUUGGCUCAAGCUGCCACAAAGAAAAAGAACAAACGUAAAUCCCGUGUUGGCUCCUACUCCCUUCUUAGCAACGACAAGAAAGCCAACCCUCUACAGGUGACUCGAGCAAAGAGACAGGUGAAGCUUGAUCCACCGAAGAAUAGAAACUCGGGUCGUUCUGGGGCUUUCUCUGUCCUGGGAAAUCCACAGGCUGACGGACAGAAUGACAGACCCAAAAGAAUCAUCUAGAUGAUGAUUGCUGGCAAACCGUGAGGAUGUGGACAAAUUAGUCUAAAGUUCUGAUAAAAACACGUUCACAGCUAAAGAGUGAAAAUCUGACAAAUAGCAUAAGAACUUCAAUGUUGAUCAAGUUUAAAGUUAAUGUCCAUCAAUGCUGUUUCAACUGCACACUAGCUUACUCUACAGAGCUAGUGGAUACUUAGGGAUUCUUUAUUGUACUAUUUUAAGUUUCUAAUAUAUUCCUGCAUGAUAUAAAAAUAAAAAAAAUCCCAUUUUAUUAUUUUAGUUUUCCAGUUUGUUGUAACCUAUUUAAUCACAGAUUCCUUAUGAAGAUUGGGAGUAUAUUUUUGCAGAAAUAUUUCUUGUGUUGUAUCAGAUUUCAAUAAAAGUUUAGUGGAAACA